UAAGGUGUAAUAGUGGUAUUUAUAUACUUAGCUACUACUACUACAUAGUUAGGUUACCUCAAGCAUGACGGCGUUCACAGUAUACCGGUCGGCGGACAUAAUCGAGGUGCCCGUAUCUACGCGGAGUCCAUCGGGUAAUGUCUUAACAGCGGUAAGCCCGAACACAGCUUUCCUUGCUAGCGACAACACAGUGAAGUGCAUCGAUUUAAGUUAUACGACUAGUACCGGUAGUGAUAUAGGUAGUGAUGCAGAUGAGAGAUGUGGGGUACCCUUUGACUUUGAGUCUGGGGUGGGGGUGAGGAAUCCGUAUGCAGAUAUGCGACUGGCAGAUGUGAGCGGUCAUGUGCACGCUAAGAACCAGAUCGUGUCCAUUGCAUCGUAUGUAGGGGAUGACGUGGAGAGGCCGCAUAGAGAUAACCGCGGUGCCAUAGCUAGUGUGGAUGGAUACGGUAAUGUUGUAUUGAAUAACUGGAGUCGUGAGAACUCCGAGAGUCCUGUUGAGAGCAAUGUUACUCAUAUCGAUGCUCCAGUGGAUUGUAUCAGGAAAGAAUACGGCUGGUCUGGCGUUGAGUACAAUCCACGAUCGUCGUCCGAGGUGA